AUGUCCCGUCUUGGCAACCCAGCGGAAUAUGUAUCGAAAGCAAAACAUAGAUGGGCCGGUCACAUCAUGAGAAGAAUCGACGAUAGAUGGACUAAAAGAACGCUAGAGUGGAUCCCAAGGGACGCUAAACGCCCCCGAGAGAGACCGCCAACGAGAUGGAGUGACGUGUUCGCUGCACGGAUGGACCAGCUGAGAGCUCAGCUGGAUACGGCUCAAGGACCUCGUCAACGUCACUCACGAAGCUUGAGAACAUCUUGGAUGACAAUGGCGAGGGAACGAAACGAGUGGAAGAGAUGCUGGGGCCCGUACGUCGAGUGA